GCAGGACGGCAUGUGACGAUCUGUCAACGCAGAAGAAAACUACCCUCAACCGAAAGGACUUUACCCUAAAAACAAAACAGCGAGAAUGAAAGUCGUGGGAUCUACAUGCGCUCUCAAGAGCAAGGUCGGAGGAGACGAGGUGGUCCGCUGCCUGUCUGAUCAGAGCCUGGGCAUCUCCAAGUGCAAACUGCCGCUCCUGGACGAGCACAUGAGCGUCUUCCUGCAGGACAUGAACAGCUGCUACAGCAAGCUUAAGGAGCUGGUGCCCACACUGCCCGCUAACAAGAAGGCUAGCAAGGUGGAGAUCCUGCAGCAUGUCAUUGACUACAUCUGGGAUCUUCAGGUGGAGUUGAACGAGCCUGGGAAGAAAAGCUCCACUCCACGCAGUCCUCUCACUACUCUCAACGCGGAGAUCGCCAGCAUCUCUGUCGAGAAUGGCUGCUCUGAUGACAGAAUUGCGUGCCGUUAAAGACCCAGACGCACCAAGCAGAAAGGCGCAACUCCACUUGGUGCACGUUAGACCAUCCCUGCAAGAACCAAGCAAGAACCAAGAGUCACUUCUGACGCAUUGAACUGGUGUAUGGUGAUUCAUCAUGGUGUACAGCAGACUGUGGUCAACUCUAUGAGGACAUUCCUCAGUCGAAUCCAAUAUGAAAUACGUGAUGAUCCAAGAUUCGUCUUAUUUCACGUGGGUCGCUCGUUCAAGCACAGAUGGUUGUCUGCUGUGGAAUCCACGGCACCGUUAUCAUCACGCAGCCCAAGCCCACCAAUAUUCUCAUGUUGCUGUUAUUCCUUUUUUUGUAUUUUUUUUUUUUAUAGAGUUUCUCUCCAAUGCUUUUAUACCUUUAGAAAGUUUUAUUUUUGUGUUUAUUAAAGCGUUGAUUUCUCAGAUUGCUGAGCAAAAUGGAACAAAAAAGUAUUGUAUAUUACAAUGGACGUCUUAUUGUGUUUUUUACAAUGUAUAUCUUGUCGAAUGUUUUUUUUAUUAAAACAAGAACAAAAAUUUUA